AUGCCUAUUAAUGCAUUAACAUCAGCACCCAGCUACAUGGUGGAUUACUACAAGUAUGUCACUGGAAACCCUGAAGCUGAACCAAAUAUUCCGGUUUUCUGGGCAAACAUUUUAACCUUCUAUAACGUUGUUUCCCUGGUGACACAAAUUCUCUGUGGUCCUACUGUGUUGACUCGUGCUGCUCGUAGUCUUUCCCUCACCACCCGUUUUAUCCUUGCUCUGUCAUUUAUGAUGGUUGAGGUGCUCGUGAUUGUUGUGAUGCCCGAAGGGAAAGUCUCACAGACGGCUGCCAUUGUCGUAUUCGUUUUGGUCACCAUCGUGGCGGGUGCGGGAAAAUCGUACUUGGAGGCUACUUGCUAUGUGCUGGUGGGAACUAUGCCACCCAAGUUUAUGUCUGCCGUGAUGUUUGGUUGUGGAUUCUCCGGAGUGGUCGCCUCUGUAAUGCAAUGCAUUAUUAAAGCAUCUAUGCCUGACACUUAUGAGUCUGUACUCACACAGUCACAUAUUUACUUUUCACUUGCACUUGUCAUUAUGUUCCUUUCCCUCCUUAUGGCAUUAUCCCUGCGUUUCAACAGCUAUGCACAGAAGCACGUGGCGGAAUUUCGAGUGCUUAAACGGAAACGCGAUGGUGAUCUUGAAGAAGAAGAAAAAGAAGCAGAAGGCGAUGACUCUCGAGGUGCCGGCAAUAUGGAGCCAAUUGAAGACGCAAAUGAAGACAAGACAAAGGAUGUUGCAUAUUGUGAUAAUGAUGCUUCUACACCCCCUGAUAAUUCCGCGACUAUUCCCGAUCAAUCUAACAUGACAACAUCUGAACAGUUGUUGGCUACAUCUGUCAUGCCAGUGAUGAAGAUUAUUUAUCCUAUGCAAGUGUCCUGCUUCUGUAUCUUUUUUCUUUCAUUAUUCAUCUUUCCCAGCCUUGUGAUUCCCAUUGAUCGUACGGAUAAAUGGUUCGCUACCAUCGCCAUUUUACUAUACAACUGCGGUGAUGCCACGGGUCGUUUUUCCACUUCAUUCCGACGGUUCUGGCCCUCGCGUCGUGUUGUGGUGAUUGUGUCAUUGCUCCGUUUUCUCUUCGUACCAUUAAUUGUCUUGUGUAUCUUCAAACAAAUUCCUGGACACGCUGCCCCGUAUGUCUUUAUGUUUUUCAUUGGCCUAACGAAUUACUUUGGUGCUCUCUCCAUGGUCCUUGGCCCCAUCACACCCGGUUUGGUGACAGAUGGACAGAAGGUGAUGGCUGGGCAGUUGAUGGGAAUUUCACUCUUGGGAGGCGCAUCGUUUGCAUCCCUCAUCGCUAUUGUGGUGGUUAUGUUUCUUCCUUAG